CUCGCUCUGCUUCUGUCUUUCCCCCCGUCCGCUCGGCUGCCUGGUUAUGGAGCGGCCGCCCGCGGUGCCAGGAGCGGGAAGUCUGCCCCGGGGCUUUGCCGACGGAAGCGCUGCUUCGUCCUCCGCGCUGGACGCGGAACAGCCGGGCUCCGUGAAGCCUCGGUUUGUGGGCAGGCCGCAGCCGACGGAUUCGGGCUGGGAACGACUCCGGGCGCUCUUCCUCCGAGAUGAACUAAAUCGAUACCCAGAAGAAACUCUGAAUAUAUUCAAAGCAACAUUUUCAGGGGGUAUGAUUGGACUGUUCUAUGGAGGUAUACCUGGCUUUAGAUAUGCCAAAAAACGAUACAUUGAGCAGAGCGAAGCAGAGAUUUACCAUAAUCGUCUGGAUGCUGUGCAAUCUGCACAUCGUGCAGCGAUCAGGGGCUUCGUCCGUUAUGGCUGGCGUUGGGGCUGGAGAAUUGCUGCCUUUGUGGCACUAUUCAACACAGUAAGCACUGGUUUGUCUGUAUACCGGGAUAAAUUUGUCAUCAGUCAUUUUGCCAUUGCAGGAGCUUGUACUGGAGGCUUGUUCAGAAUGCACUUGGGCUUGAGAGGUUUGACUGGAGGCAGCAUUUUUGGAGCAUUGUUGGGUGUCCCUGCUGGAGGGUUACUAAUGGCAAUGCAAAAUCUUACUGGCGAAACCAUGGCUGAGAAAAGGAAACGGGAGCAAAGGGAGCAAUAUGAACAGAAGUUGGCAGAGUGGCAAUCCAGACUCAGCAUUAUUGAGAAUGUUUCAGAAGAAGUAGAUGGUGUCCCUCAGGAAAGAGCUUGGGAGAGAGAUGCUAAAAAGACGUAGGAAUUACUAAAUCUUCCUUCAAACUCUGAAUCAUACAUGGUCAGCAAUCAGCUUAGUGCUGCGAACUGAACUCUUAACUCAUUGUGUCUCAAGAUCUUGUGCUAAAGUCCUCCUUACCCCUACUGCCCAUGGCACAAUAAGCGAUCCUGAGAAAAGUUCCUAAGUUUGGUCAGAUAAACUUGUGGAAUGGGAAGUUCAACUUCAAAGGAUGACUAGCUCCCUUUUUGUUGGAAAGAGGAAAGCCUGCAUGCUUCUGUGGACAUAUUAAUGAAGUGAAAGAGGCACAGAAAAGUACAACACUGCCUAUUGCUAGGGCAAGCUGUAAGUGCUGUAAGAUGGUCGUAUGAAAGAGGACUUCAGGAUAAGUAGGGUUGUUGAAGAUUGGAAAUGCUUCUAAAAGAAUAAAGGACUGCAAAAAUAA